AUGCUGUGGCCGCGGCUGGAUACAGAGUACACGAUCUUUGCAGUGUACGUCGGCGUUAUGACUCACGACUUCGAGCUCGUUAAAGUCAAAGACACAAGCUACAGCCUAACGUACUUCGCAAUGGGUGCCGCCACAAGUAUCGCGUCGCACCGUCUAUUAUACUUUUUUGACUGGCACGGUCCAAGUCUAAGGAGCGGAUCGAGCAAGACAGCCAUCACAGCUGACUCCAAUUCGAUAUUAUCUCUAAUGAGUCACAUCACGGAGAGCAAGCUGAAUAUGCUUUCACCUACGGGCAGAUUCCGAAUUUGGGAUACUGCAGCCGAUGGGUACGCGAGAGGUGUAAAUCUUGUCCCUCUCAUUCAUUGCCUGUUGUAUAUGACCUACGAGGCUACCCUACCACAGCGGAGUAACCAUAAUAUUGACUCCACCAUCGAACUUUCACUGACCAAGUAUGCGAUGUUCUGUCAACAGGAAAGUGUCGUCACUGUGGUUCUGAAGACGCUUAGCCAAGCACUGCUUGAUGACGACUCCAUUGGAUGUGUCAUCCGUGAAACGGGCAUCAACCAAGACGGACGCACACAACCCCAUGUUGCGCUGGAGGUCCUAAUUCGCGAGACCCAUGCCCGGGCUGGUGUAGACGUCGCGCAAGCUGAAGACCGCUGCCAAUUCUUUGAAGCUCAUGGUAGGUAUCAAGCACGAGCGUGGAACUGGAACGUCUACUUACCUUGGACUCACAGGAACUGGAUGGCUGGCAGGUGA